GGGGCGGAACCUUCUUUGCCUGGCUUCGCGAGGCAACCGCGGACGGUUUUCCGUUGCACAUUUCGGAUUCCUCCCUCCCGCCGGCAAGAUGGCGGCGCCCGUGUUGAGAUGCUGCUGGAGGACAGUUUCAGCUCAAUGCCCUAGCCGUAUUUUCCCCAGAAUUGGUCAGCAUUCUGCAGUGCUUCCCAGUUUUGCCAGUUUGCUGAUUUCCAAUAGACACUAUGCUGCAAAAAAAGAGAAAAAACCCAGAAGGGACGCCAAAAAGAAGGCCGCAGAAUCAGAGCCCAAGAAAAAAAAGAACCCUUACACCUUUCCCUUGCCAAGUGAGCCAAAGGACGAUGUUUAUUUGACGUGGUGCUAUCAAAGGCCAGUUUAUGAGGCAGAAGUGGCUUUAGAGAUGCUGAAGACGUUUCAGCAACUGGACUUCACUUCCCCCAAGCAGCACGUUUACAUCGAUAUGACCCUGGACAUGGCAAUGGAGAAGAAGAAACCUUUGGAACCAUUCGUUGGUACGGUUCGUCUGCCUCACCUUUUCACAGAUGACAUCCAUAAGGUCGUAGUAUUCACAGCGGAUGCAGAGCAAGCUGCCCUAGCAAGAGAAAAUGGAGCUACAUUUGCAGGAGGGACUGAAUUAAUCAAGCCGAUUUUGGAUGGUGAAAUCAAGGCAGAUUUUUAUGUCGGCGUGCCGACGAUGUCAUCCAAGAUUACUCCUCUAAGGGGGAUGCUGAAGCAAAGGUUCCCAAAGACCAGAAAUGGUUCUCUCAGUUACGACAUUCUCCAGAUGCUCCAGUUCUUUAAAGUGUGCCACGAAUACGAAGUAGAGAACGGUAACCUCAUCCACACUCCCAUCGGAAUGCUGGAUAUGCCUAAUGAUCAGAUCGUUGCCAAUCUGGACGCGGUUAUUAAAGACGUUUGUAAAUACAAACCUUUGAGCUACGGCCCGUUUGUGACACACUUGAGCAUUUGCAGUUCAACAAGCGAAAGCUUGGAUUUAAAAGUCGAGCGCUUUCUCCCCAAAAGAACUGUGAAAGAGAAAGCAGAAGAGAAGGUGAAAGAGAAAGCGGAAGAGAAGGUGAAAGACGAUGGCAGCGAUGAUGACGAAGAAGAAGAAAGGCAGAAGUCCAGCUAACUUGAGUGUUGCACAAAUGUCUAUCCUUCUCUCUGUACAAAACCCUUUUACAGAAGCAAAUCUGUGACAGCGUCCUAAUCUGUGUACAGGGGCCUUGCGGCAGUGCAAGACCUCCCAACUGUUCUCCUGUCAGGGCAUAAGGAAUUGGCAAUAAGAUGUAUUUUAAAAGUUUUGUUGAGAGUCCAGCCCGAUAUUUGGGGAGCCAAUUGUUUUAUGAAAAUGUCUUGCAUAGCAACACCUCUCUCAGUUCAUAUGAGCAGUUUUACUGCCCUAUUGCCUUUGACUAUAAAUGAACAGUCAUUGUUCAA